CCCUCCCAGGCUCAGCUCUGUCCCCGUCCCCCAGGACGUGGUGGCCCGCGCUGCUGGCCCUGCUGGUCCCCGCGGUGGUGGCCCAGUUGCGCCCCGAGCGGGAGCUGGACUCCCAGUGGGACCUAUGGAAGAAAACCUACCGCAAGCAGUACAACGGCGAGGCGGACGAGGCGGCGCGGAGGCUGAUCUGGGAGAAGAACCUCAAGUACAUCAACACCCACAACCUGGAGCACGCGCUGGGCGUCCACACCUUCGAGCUGGCCAUGAACCACCUGGGGGACAUGACCAGUGAGGAGGUGGUGAGGAUGAUGACGGGCUUGAAGGUGCCCCGCGGCCGCCCGCGUCGCAACGAGACGCUCUACGUCCCCGACUGGACAGAGAGAGCCCCGGCUGCCGUGGACUGGAGGCGGGAAG